GCGGUGACGCCAUCGGCGCGCGCGGCGGCGGCGCAGGCCCCGCGUGUCUCCGGUGGCCAUGCGGCGGCCCAACGUGCUCAUCACCGGCACGCCGGGAGUCGGGAAAACCACGCUGGGAAAGGAGCUGGCCUCCAGAGCUGGGCUGAGCUACGUCAACGUGGGGGACCUGGCCAAGGAAGGAGAGCUCUACGAGGGCUUCGACGAGGAGUACAACUGCCCCAUCCUGGAUGAGGACAGGGUGGUGGAUGAGCUGGAGGCCCGGAUGAGCGAGGGAGGGGUGAUUGUGGAUUACCACGGCUGUGACUUCUUCCCCGAGCGCUGGUUCCACAUCGUGUUCGUGCUGCGCACAGACAACUCCUGUCUGUACCAGCGGCUGGAGAGCAGGGGCUACACGGGCAAGAAGCUGCAGGACAACAUUCAGUGCGAAAUUUUUCAGACUCUGUAUGAGGAAGCUGUGCUGUCGUACAAAAAGGAAAUUGUACACCAGCUACCCAGCAACACCCCAGAGGACCUGGAGAGAAAUUUGGAUCAGAUUAUGCAAUGGAUUGAGCAGUGGAUGAAGGACAACAACUGACUGCUGGUGAAACAGUAACUGCUGGAUCUCUGCUUGGGAGGGAGGCAGGGAGUAGUAAAUGAUAUUCAUAAUUCCUGUGUUGUAAAUGAACAUGAACUUUGCUGUACCUGGCUGGGAAGUAGAAGGAGUUUCAGAGUAGCCAGGUUGUGAGGAUUUGUAACACACCCCAGAGGCAACAGAACUGAAACAAGUGUCUGCAAGGAUAAAAAUGAGGCGGCUGUCCUGAGCAGCAGGAGCUGUGCUCCAUAACUGAGAAUUCUUUAGACCAAACCAUAAAUUCCCUGUGAGAAAACUGUAGAAAAAAAACCAUGGCAGUUGAGGCACUUUUGAUUUCCAGAGUCUGGAACAGUGUCCUGGAAAGGAGUUGGUUUGAUGCUGAGCUGUGGGACUAAAACCUGCUGUGCUCCACAGUGGCCUUGGGCACGUGAGGAUAAUGCAGAGUGAGAGGAUUGGAACAGGGUGAGGUGGGUCCUUUGCUUUGGAGGGAAAAGAGGUGAUGUGAGAGUUAUUUUUAAGUGAUUGCAUGUAACUUUGGAGAUUGCUUAAUGUGUAAGGAAACACGGGCUGUGUGAGGACUGGUCUGGGGUGCUGAACAAUAAAGUUUUUGCUUUUUUUCUGUGUU